AUGGCCAAAUACUUCAUGAGAGCGAUCACAUCCCCCCCCCCACCCCUCCUCGUCUCCAGACGAAACAGUCCCAAGAGCUGGCAUCUGCGCCUCUCUCCUCUGCCUGUCACCAGCCAGCCCUUCCCCAAGCAGCGAGCAGAGACUCCUCCGUGGAUAAACAGCCGGGGAGGAGGGGCCGGGGCCGAGAGGGAAAGCGAAAGUGGAGCGAGGGGGCAGCAGAGCCAGAUAAAGACACAACAGGGCAGGGAGGCUUUCCAGGAGGCCACGGCGAUGGGCGAGGAGCCGGAGAAACGUCUGCAGCACUUCUAUGCCAGCCGCGUCUUCCUCGCUGGGGGCCGGGAGCGGAGAGUGGCGGAGACCUUCUCCGCAGUGGAGAGCCUCGUGGACUCGAUCGUGAAAUGGGCUUACCAGUCCAGCAGCGGGUUGUACCCCCAGAGCCCCGUCUCCGUGGGCAGCUACAGGGAAGGGCUUCACCUCCAGCCGGAAGGCUCCCCCGCCGGCUUCGACUUCCUCGUCCCGGUACGAUUUAACCCGAAGCUGGCCCUCGUCAGUGGGGGCCUCGCCAAGCCGCCGAGCCGCUACGAGCGGAGGCUCCCUACCUACAUGUUCCACGACAGGGGGGUGCCCGUGUGCCGCCGGGGCACGAAGAUCCUCGUGGAUCUGGAGGCUGCCGAAGAGGCCCACGUGGAAGUCCACUGCCAUCAUAAAAAAGCCUGGCUGGAGGAUGACGACCUCGACUUGGAGGAACUGGACGAGUACAAGGAGAGCCUCAAACACCACAACCUGGACCCUGUCCAAACCCUGAAGGACUUCCACCGCUACGUCGAAAUUGCUUUGGAUCCAGCGUACUCACACCCUCUGCAAAAUGAUCCUGUUUUCCAGCGAAGGUUCCGUCCGCCCAAAGUGCCCACCAUCACCCCCUGGAUGAGACAGGACACCCAGCUAGAGGCCCUGCGUCCAGCCGUCCAGCUGUCCUUCCUCGCAGGGCCCGAGGCUGUGCCCGUGAAGCUGGUGCCAGCCAUCCAGGGGGCCCUCAAGCUCUCCAACCAGUGGCUGAGGGAAGACCUGACUCACCUCUCUGACUGGUGGGCUGGGGACCUGGCCAACGAGAAGAGGAGCUUCCUCCGGAAAGUGGCUGUUCUGCAGGAGGUCGGGCCGGACCUGGUAGCCAAGGGUGGAUUUUGGAGGCUCUCAUUUAGCAACGCCGAGGCUGCGCUUCUAAAGGACGUUGAUGCUGAUGGGGGACAGAGACGGGCAGCUCUGAGACUCCUGAAGUUUGUCAGCAGUACAAGAUGGAGGCCAGAAUACGGCAAGCUCUUAUCUUCCUACCACCUCAAGACCCUUCUGCUGUGGUGCUGUGAAAUCUACCCUCAGGAGGCACCCUGGGAAACUCUGCUGUCCUCAGUGCAGCAUCUCUUGAAGAUCCUCAUUCACACCCUCGCAAAAGGCAACCUGCCUCACUACUUCCUGCGGCCCGUCAACCUCUUCAGCAAGGGCUACAAAUCUGGCCCCACCAUCUAUGGGCCCUUAGCCUUGCAGGCCCUCCGCCAUGAAGCUGAAGCCAUGCUGGCCGACGUGGUGGGAUACCUGCUUCCGGAUGGCCAGCCAGGGGUCCGCGGUGUCGGUGAAGGCCCUGAGAAGAUGGUGGCUCUCCAGCAGUUUAAAGAAAAGCAUCGGGAAGAUCUGAAGGAGCUUAAGAGGAUGGAGGAGGAACACAUGUAUGAGGAGGUGGAAGUGGGUGGAGGAAAAGGGCUGGAGUCCUGAGCGAAGACUCCCAAGUAACUGUGCUUGUUCUGAAGUUCAGAACUGGCUCUUUCUGUCAUUCGCUUUCCCAGAGUUUUGAGGACCACACUGUUUUCUUUCCAGUCCUCGGGAUUACAGAAGAAAAACCUUAAAGCCAUGCAGGUGCACAGAACACUGAAACAGAAACAAUUAAAGGGCUUCCAGACAGUGGAAUUCUCCGCACCCUUGCCGCCGCCUCUAGGUCCAUUGAAAAC